UUGGCCCAAGGUCGGGGGCCCAACGGAGCGGAUCCCGACGCCCGUGCGGUUAUCAGCCUCCCUAGACACCCCUCCCAAGUGGCGGCGAGCACCGCGGAAGCAUUCUGGUUAGCGACAUUCACGCCUCGCCGGCCCCACGCCAACUGCAAUCCAACGAGAGGAAAGAUGUCGGAGGAAGACCAGCAGAAGGAUAGGAUGCCGACGGAAGACAUGCAGGAGGAUGCAAUGUCGGAGGAGGAUCAGCAGAAUAGGAUGGCGUCGGUAGCUGAGGUAAUGUUCAGCUCAUUGCUGGGCAAAGAUCAGUGGCAGAUGUCUGAGGGUGGCCCGUUCAUGGAGAUGAUGUCAGAAGAUGAUGAGUCGGACGACACGGCGUCGGUGGCGGAUGUCGACGACACGGCGUCGGAGGUGGUCCGGCGGGAUGGCCCGACUCCUGAAGAAGAGGACAUUCUGGGCGGAAUCACCGCGGAGGUAGACACCUGGCUUGGAGCUUCUCCCGCCCAGAGGAGCUCCGGAACCUUAACGUCGAUCCUCUGCACCAUGGUGUUCCUCAUCCACAGGGAUGAUACCGCCAUGCAGGGGAACGUGGCUCGAUUCGAGAAAAGUGUGGCUCGCAAGUUCAGCGCAGAUAAAAAGGGCGCUCUGCCAUUGCCACUGCCCGUGCCGCCGAGCCAGGCGGACUGCGCAUGUGCAGAUCUGCGCACAUUGGCCGUGGAGUGGAUCUACCUGUCUGGCAGCGUUCGCGAGGGCAGCGACGUCGUGUACAUCUCCAGCAAGGUUUCUGAUAUGGACCUCAUGUUCCAGCUGGGACCUAUUACGGUACUGCCGCAGACCGGACCAACCGGCAUGGUGCCAGACCAGCCUGGUAACGGUGUGUCAGACCAGCCUGGUAACGGUGUCUCAGACCAGCCUGGUAACGGUGUCUCGGACCAGCCUGGUAGCGGUGUCUCAGGUCAAGCCGGUGACGGAGUCCCGCACCACUACUGUAGCGAUGUCGCGGGUCACGCUGGUGAUGAGAGUUCACAGACGGGCGUGGAAGUCUGUGAGGAGCCCACUGCACAUCCGGGGUUCGUGCUGCUGCGUCACCAGCGCCGACCCGACUGCCGCCAUGCCGGCCGCUUGCUGCUCUCCGGCCAGCGCGUGGUGCGCCUGGUGGACGGCUUCAGCUCGGCGCUGACCCCCGACUCGGCGCCGUCACAUUCGGGCCCGGCCGUGUCCACGACCAUCGCCGACUUGCUGCAGGUGCGCAGCGACUUUGACCUGGUGCCCACGGGCGCGCAGCACGAGUGGCGGCUCUCUUUCUCACGUCAUGAGUACAUGGCGUACCGCGCCAUGAGCCAGACGCAGCGCACAUGCCUAUCCGUGCUCAAAUUCUGCAAGGCUUUGCUCGGCGAGGCGGUCACCGGGCUGAAAGGCUACUACAUGAAAACAGCUUUGUUUUGGCUGUGGGAGACGUUGCCGGCGGCGCGCUGGUCGCCGCACUCGCCACUCGAACCGCUGCUGGCCGUCCUGGACUACCUCGAGCGACGACUGCAGGUCGGCUCGCUGCCCUGCUACUUCCUGCCCGAGAUCAACCUAUGGGCCUCCCUCAGCGUGGCCGAGCUCCGCCAGUUGGCGGCGGCGCUGGAGCAGAAGCACAUUCAGGACACGCUGUGCCUGUACUCGCGUUCACUGUAG